CAAAAUUAUAUUUAUGUAUAUAUAUAUAUACAUAGUAACAUUAAUUAAAAAACCUAAGUCCACCUUUAAACUUGUGUCAUUUAAAACUAAGAAAAAAUCUCUUUCAUUCAUUUAAAUUAUGAAUAAAAUAAGAGUAAAUUAAAACAAGAAAAAACAAAACAAAAAAGAAAAAAAUUCUUUUUUUUCUGUGAUUCAUUUCAUUUUUGAGGAACUAUUUUUUAUAGAAUUUAAAUUAUUAUUAUCAUUAUUAUUAUUAUGUCAAUCAAUCAUCAAAAAGAUACAACAUUAACAAAAAUUUUUGUCGGUGGAUUACCAUAUCAUACAACAGAUGAAAGUUUACGUUGUUUUUUUGAUCAAUUUGGUCCAAUUGAUGAAGCAGUUGUAAUUACUGAUAGACAAACAGGAAAAAGUCGAGGUUAUGGAUUUGUAACUAUGACUCGCACUGAGGAUGCCUUACUUGCUAUUCGUGAUCCUAAUCCAUGUAUUGAUGGUCGUAAAGCCAACGUGAACUUAGCGGUACUUGGAGCUAAACCUCGUCUUAUGCCUGGAACUAACCCUGCAGUACCGGGAUUUUUUCCACUUCAAACGGGGUUACCUAUCGACGCUAGUCAUCCAGGUUUCUAUAAUAACCCAACCACCGCUGCAGUUGUUAACAAUUCUUUAAUGAAUCCUUUAAUGAAUGCAGGUCUAUUGACAGGUUUUAAUAUGCCAAAUCCUGCUGCUACAUUAUCACCUGGUAUGAAUGGUAUACUACAAACGCCAACUAAUCAUAUAUCAUCUGUAGCUACUGAUCCAACAUCUGAUAAUCGAUUACAAGCUCAGCUCCCAUUGAAUCCACUAGCUAAUUUGAAUUAUUUACUUAAUUAUUCUAAUGCAAUUGCAAAUCCUUCAUCUGGUGCUGCAGCUGCCGCCGCUGUUGCUGCUGCAGCAGCUUUUGCAGCUACAACGAAUACAAAUCAGCCAAAUAUUUCACCAGCUGCAUUAGCACUUUUGAUGUCCACCUACGGACAGGGUACAAGUGGGUUGAAUACUGUAUUACCGGGAAAUAAUUCAUUUGUUGGAAUGUCACCUGUCACACAUCAAUCGUUAAAUGCACCCAGUCUACCAGCAACAAGCUUAUUAAAUUUGAACUCUACUACAUCAAAUACAACUGGUUUAAAUGUAUUGACAGGUAGUCAGUCUGUGUCACCAUUCUGUAGAACAUUCACUCCAGAGGUUUCACCGAAUGAAUUGAAUGCAUAUUCUGCUGCUAUGGCUUAUCAGCGACUGCUUAAUAUGGCAUCAAAUUAUCAAACUAUUCCAUCAUCUUUAUUUACACCUGUCAAUUCGACUAACUCAUUGUCAAGUGCCUUGCUUAAUAAUCAAUUUGCUUUAAGUUCAAAUCAGGCUAUGAAUUACAGUAAUAACAACAGCGGUAACAAUAAUAAUAAUAAUAGCCACACAUCUAAUAACAAUAUCAGUGUGUCAGCAGAUCAAUCCAACUCAAUGCCUUUGAUAUUUCCGCCCACAUCACGUAAUUUAGUUGCAUUCACAUCGGACAUAAAUGGUGCAUCAUAUGAUUACGGUAAUCCACAAGAGUUAACUGCCAAUAUUCACGCUAGUCUGACAACGGGUCAACAUUCAGCAACAAAUGCUACACCUCCACCACUUCGUGAAGGUUUAGAAUGUGUCAAUGCAUCUGUGAAUUUUUGAUCAAUAAAUAAUCCAUAAACUGGAAAACAAUCCUGGAUAUUGAGAAAACAAUAAUCAUUUUUUCUUAAACUUGUCUUGUUCGGGGUGAUCAAUGUAAAUUGUCCUUUAUUUUCUCUUUAUUUAUUUGUACUUUAAUUGAAAUUGGUUGGUUGUAAAAUGAAAUUUAACCAUCAUAACGUUGAAUAUGUGUAUUUUUCACUAACCUUUACCCUAAUUCUCCUUAUCUUCUAGCUAACUUAUUACUCUAACAACCGAAAGACUGUGAUUCCUUCCAUUAUCAUUCUUAUCAUUGAAAUAUGACAUCAUGUGGUACAUAUCUUUAUAACACAUCCUAUUGUUUCUUUUUUUACUCGUAAUACGUCCAUUCUAAUCUAGUGAUUUUCUCAUUAUUCUUUUUCUCUUUUUUCUGGUGAUAUCAUUUUCAUCUGGUUGCAUGGAUACGUAUGUAUACACAUAUAUAUGUAGUUGCAUACACUUCAAGAUUGAAAGUUCUGAUGAAUAUCUUUAUGACUUUACUAAUUACUGGUAGAUUUAUUUUUUUCCCUUGCUGUAUGAAUUGCUCAAGAUAGAAAAAGUUUCUGAAACCAUCGGUUAUUUGUAUAAUUUCUACGUUGUUGUUCUUUUUUUAAAGCAAGACUGUCAACUUGAAUGACAGCAAAGAAAAAAAAACUUACUUGAGUAA